AAAAGCCUCUGCCUUGCCCGAAACAAGCCCCUAGCAGCUCGCAUUUUGGGAUUUUUAGGGUUUUGGGGUCUCUUAAGAGGGUAAAAUCAGAAGCUCGCCAUGACUGCUCAGACGCAAGAAGAGCUCCUCGCCGCUCAUCUCGAGCAGACAAAGAUUGACCCUGAUGAGCCUGUUGUUGAAGAUGAAGAUGACGAUGACGACGAUGACGACGAUGAUGACAAAGAUGAUGAAGAAGGGCAACAAGAUGGUGAUGCAAAUGGUAGGUCAAAACAAAGUAGAAGCGAGAAAAAGAGUCGCAAAGCUAUGCUAAAACUUGGAAUGAAACCCAUCCCUGGUGUCAGCCGUGUUACUGUAAAAAAGAGCAAGAAUAUAUUGUUCGUGAUAUCGAAACCAGAUGUUUUCAAGAGCCCAACUUCAGACACCUAUGUCAUUUUUGGGGAGGCGAAGAUUGAGGACUUGAGCUCACAACUGCAGACACAGGCUGCCGAGCAGUUCAAGGCUCCUGAUCUGACCCAUGUGAUCUCCAACAAGCCCGAAUCGUCAGCCAUGGCUCAGGAUGAUGAGGAUGUUGAUGAGACUGGUGUGGAGCCAAAGGACAUCGAAUUAGUGACGACACAGGCUGGAGUUUCCAGGUCCAAGGCUGUCAAGGCGCUUAGGGCGGCGGAUGGCGACAUCGUUUCUGCCAUCAUGGAGCUUACAAACUAGCAAGGAGAAGUCCUCGCCUUUCUAUGUGAGUUUCUUUUCUGUUGCGUUUUCCUUCUUAGAUGCAUGUGAUCGGAGUUACUGUGUUCCCCCCCCCUUUUCAUUUUAGCCCUUGUGUUGUAUUGGUGUACAAGUCCAGCAUUGAGAUAAUGGGGUUUUAGUUUUAAGUAUCAAUGAGAGUUUGAUUUCAUUAUCAACAAUCAAAA